AUGACCCAAAAAUUCAGUACCUUCAUAGUCGUUAAUAUCGCUGUAUGUGGGAUCACUUCAACUCCAACCUACAAUUCAUUAAAUUUAUUUACCAGAGACCAUGGUGACGCUUCUUCCCUGGAUAUCUGGCCACAUCUUCCUUCCAUUCUUACAAGUCUUCAUUUACAUUAUCUCUAUUUUCAUUUAAGAAUGUGUUUGAGUCCUGUAGAUGUGAGGGAACGUCGAUCUUUUGGAUCUGCAUGCAAUACUGGACCAAAUAUGCUUGAUUCUGGUUCAUUCAUCUCUUAUUCAUCCCUGUUUAUAAAUACACGUUUAUCACCGGUCUAUGUGGUUUCAUGUCGUUUGUCAUGA